UUCCUCACAUUCACUAUCCACGUCAGUCUGCAUGAUUAUUGUAACAUAACCCUGACGUCUGUGAUCCGGUAUUCAGUCUUAUCAGUGAAAAAAGACAUUUAUGUACAUGUCAAUUUUUGUAUAUUUACGUAUAACGUAAACAAGAUAAUAGCAAGAUGAAUUGGAGUUUAUGGUUUUUUAUAAUCGGAUCUUUUAAUUGUAAAUAUAUAUAUGGUCAGCAACAAAGAGUUCCACCAGGUGUGUCACCUCAACAUUACCAACAACCUAUUCAACAAGUACAUCAAGUACCACAACAAAUGCCACAACAAAUGCCACAACAAAUACCACAACAAAUCCCUCAACAACAGUACCAGCAAAUGCCUGUGCAGCAUCAAGUUCCAGUCCAACAAGUACCUAUGCAACAACAGCAAAUGCAUCAUCAAGUGCCCAUGCAACAAGAUCAUGGACAUGAACACACGCAACCACUACUCAAUGCUGCCCAUGUAGUUCAAGAAAAAGCUCAUAUUGCUGAGCACAUGGAUGUUCCAAUAGAUACUAGUAAAAUGACAGAACAGGAAUUGCAGUUUCAUUACUUCAAAAUGCAUGAUGCAGACAACAAUAAUAAGUUAGAUGGCUGUGAGCUUAUAAAAUCCUUAAUUCAUUGGCAUGAUCAAGAAAAUAAACAGCAGGUGGCCGGAGAAAAAUUAUUCAAGGAUGCUGAACUGAUUACAUUAGUAGAUCCGAUACUUUCUAUGGACGAUACUAACAACGAUGGAUAUAUCGAUUACCCUGAAUUUAUACGAGCGCAGCAAAAUGCGGCGGCAGCUACAGGUCGACAGUAGGUGCAAUCAAAAAUACGAUGUUCAACAUCAUUAAACGAUAUUUUUUAUUUCACUUUCAACAAGCAUACAAAUCCAUUUACAAUCGCCUUGUAACUUCCACUUUGAUCGUAAUAUCAGUAAUGAAACAAAUCACUAUUUUUC